CACCAUUCAAAGUCUAUUUGUAAGUCUCAUCGUUUAAACGUUUGAAAGCACAGGCAUUGCAUCUCCAGCUUAUAGUAAUGCAAAGAUGCCCCGGGCCUUCUUAAUUACCAAUAAACGGUAUCUACCAAACAUACCCAAUGACUCUAACAUUUUGGACCACAACCAUAAUCAUCACAUUGACCAUCAUUCCAGAGAGAGUAGUCCAGAGCACAGCGUAUACACGGCUGAAGAUUCAAAAAGCUUUGAUUAUGAAAUCGCCUCAAAUGCAGACUCUAUCGCUUUAAAGCCUUCCAGUCCGGGAUCACCCGCUCGUCUCUUCAAUCGUAUAUCAGUGUUAGCACACACCGACUCCCUGUCCAAACUCGACAGUCCUAUAUCUAAUGAUUAUUCAUCGACUGGAGAACAAAACGAUGAUUUCGAUGAUAGUUUGGAUGGCAUAGAGGCUCAGGAUCUCUCACUUCAUCACUUGAGAGUCAAGAGUGACAUUGAAUUGAAAAGAGAAGACGUAAAUGAAUUCAAUUUUGUCUCUCGUGUUGCCGAAGCUCUCAAACAAAGUCAAUCAUCGGAACCGUCUUCGUUGUCGUCUGACAUUCACAUAUGUCCUGAUUGUGGCAAAAGAUACAGUACUUCCAGUAAUCUGGCCCGACAUCGACAGACCCAUCGCAGUGUCACCGAUAAAAAGGCCCGAAAGUGUCCCCAUUGUGACAAAGUUUAUGUCUCAAUGCCUGCAUUCUCUAUGCACGUCAGGACCCAUAGUCAGGGCUGUCAGUGUCCUUAUUGUGGCAAAUGCUUCAGCAGACCAUGGCUUCUGCAGGGACACAUACGCACACAUACAGGGGAGAAGCCGUUCAAGUGUCCGAUCUGUUCGAAGGCAUUCGCCGACAAGAGCAAUCUUCGGGCCCACGUCCAGACGCACUCAACCACUAAGCCAUACGUGUGUCAACGCUGUGGUAAAGCAUUUGCUCUCAAGAGCUAUCUCUACAAACACGAAGAAUCUUCGUACGACUUCCUGCCUAUCGUAGCACUGGGAGCACAGGGAGGACAGGGAGACUGGGAGCACAGGGAGGACAGGGAGAGCACAGAAUCGUAUCUAUUUAUAUAUCGGUGCGAUUACGCCGACUGCAAACACAGCAAACUAUGUCUUGAAAAGCAAAAAUUUGCCACAACUAAGUACGGUUUGGCCAGAAUCUCACAAUUUGCGAUCGCACUGUUGAGCCUCAUAUUAGUUGAGAUCCCUCGGUGUCAGUGGUACCGAAGCGUCAGCUUCUUUGUGUUCAUAGCCUCGGCUUCUUUAGUCUUUUCAAUCGUUGUCCUCAUCUUGUUUUGCACCAGAUUUCAAGGACAGGUCGCCAAAUAUAUCAACCUUCCGCUCACUUUAUUAGUGAAUGAAGCCAUAGCUGUGGUCUUGUGGACCAUCGCAUCAAUACUUAUAGUGUUUGUCAGUUGUGACGGCGCGGGACCUAAAGUGGCGUAUAUUAUAGCCGGACUGUUGGGGUUUUUGGGUGCCGUUGCAUUCGCCUAUUCGGCACAGAUAUCCUAUAAUUGGUUCAGAAACGGAUCCGACACUUUACCACUUUAGAGACUGAUUUUGACAGAAAUCGAUGAUUUUGUUUUUCAAUUCAAGUCUCAUUUAUCAUAAACUAUACACCGAUUCCUUAUCUGAUGUCAGUUUUACAUUUCUAUUCCAAACUGGCUUAGGGUAUGGGUUAGGUUUGGGUCAGUAUUAAGAAUGUACAUUAUCUUAAUAUUGAACGAAUGCAUAAAAUACAAUUCAAAUAAAGAUUAAUCAAUUUCUUUAUUAAACUCUAAAUUUGUUGUC